AUGGGACCUGAAAGCAGCCUGAUCCUCACUCUUCUCUGCUGGGCAGCGGGCGAGGUGGCUGCCUACCCACCCUGGGAUUUCUCCUGGGGUGACCCAGCGAGACGAGGGGCAAGGGCAGACCCCCACCCCUGGUCUUGGGUGGAGGACCCCCAAUCUAGAGCCAUCUCCAGCCAGCAGCAGCCGGUGAUGGUGCAGUGCCAGGAGGCUCAGCUGGUGGUGACGGUGCACAGGGACCUCUUCGGCACCGGUCGCCUGGUCAACGCAGCCGACCUGACGCUGGGGCCCGCAGCAUGCAAGCAUUCCUCGCUGAACCCUGCCCACAACACCGUCAUCUUCACCGCCGGCCUCCACGAGUGUGGCAGUACUGUGCAGAUCACCCCGGAUUCCCUCAUCUACCGCACGCUCCUCAACUACGACCCCAGCCCCGCCAGCAAUCCCGUCAUCAUCCGCAGCAACCCUGCCGUCAUCCCCAUCGAGUGCCACUACCCCAGGAGGGAGAACGUCAGCAGUAACGCCAUCCGGCCCACCUGGGCUCCGUUCAGCUCCAUGCUGUCGGCAGAGGAGAGGCUGGUGUUCUCCCUGCGCCUCAUGAACGAGGACUGGAGCGCUGAGAGACCCUUCACCGGUUUCCAGCUGGGCGACGUCCUCAACAUCCAAGCAGAGGUGGGCACCGAGAGCCACGUGCCGCUGCGGUUGUUUGUGGACAGCUGCGUGGCCACCCUCAGCCCUGGCACCGAUUCCUCGCCCCACUACACCAUCAUCGACUUCAAUGGGUGCCUGGUUGAUGGGAGGUCGGACGACACCAGCUCUGCCUUCAUCACCCCCCGGCCCCGGGAGGACAUGCUGCGCUUCAAGAUCGAUGUGUUCAGGUUUGCCGGGGACACCAGGAACCUGAUCUACAUCACCUGCCACCUGAAGGUGACCCCAGCGGACCAAGCCCCGGACCCCCUGAAUAAGGCUUGCUCCUUCAACAAAGCCAGAAACACGUGGGCACCCGUGGAAGGCACCCGGGACAUCUGCAGCUGCUGCGAGAUGGGCAACUGCGAAUCCCCUGCGCUCUCCCGGAGGCUCAGCCCCCUGGAGCAAUGGCCUGGCCGCCGCUUCCGCCGCCACGAUGCCAACGGUGGGGUGACAGCAGUGUCUGGUGUGGUGACAGGGCUGAUCUGCGCAGUGGCCAGCGUGGGGCUGGUCGGCAUGGUGCUGGCCAUCAGCAUGGGACGCAGGAGAUGUGCCCGUGCCCCGGCAUGA